AAACGUUUUGCUCGGCGAAAAUGGAGUUGUCGAAGACCAUCGGCGAGCAAAGCAUCGUGGGGGUGAAGGUGGACCUGGCCACGCAAUGCAAAGCCCAAGGAAACGAAGCCUUCAAGUCAAAGGAGUUCCGACGUGCCGAAGGGUACUACAAGAAGGGGCUGCAGUUCUUGGAAGCGCCGCAGACUUGCCAGUACUCUCAAGAGGAGCUUAUGACAGUGGGUCCCGUGCUUGCAACGCUGCACGUGAACAUCGCGGCCUGCUGUCUGCAAGGCAGUACCGUCGACAGCGCCAAGUGCAUUUUGCAUUGCACACAGGUACGUUUCUACCAACUCUCCUCAUUUGACGAAUACGCGGCGCCCAUACUAUGCAGGCCAUCAAGCACGAUCCUUUGAACGUGAAAGCCUGGUAUCGACGGAGCCAAGCGUUUAUGAAGCAGAAGGAGUUUGCCUUGGCAAAGGACGAUGUCACACACGCCCUUGGACUCGAUCAGCAGCCGUCAACUUCCAUCGUCACACUCCGAAGACACUUGGUGGCUUUGCAAGCGGCGUCCGCAAAAGUCAAGGCGGCCGAGAUAGCUUCCUUUCAGCAUAUCUUCCGAUCAUAACUGGUUUUCGCGAGAUGAGUUAUCCAUAACGACAAUACUAAUUCAAACCCAACUAUCCGAUUGAGGAGCAACC